AUGUUGCUCCGAGAUGGCGUGCUGGUGUGGGUCGAUUUGCUGCACGGCAUGUUGGUGUGUGACAUACUUCAAGAACGAGAACCCCUUCGUGCGCGCUACAUCCCAUUGCCUGAGCCAUUGCCUAGAAACAGAGAAGAAAUUUUGAAGCAGUUAAUCCCGGGAGCUGGCGUCAGGCGUAUUCGGGAUGUUGCCUAUGUCGAUGGUCUGAUCAAGUUUGUUGAGAUGGAACACCGCGUCACUGUAACAGAGAUUGUAGAGGUUCCUCCUGAAAAGCCGUCUGACCCCAGGGACAAGACUGUCCUCUAUGAUUCUGACUUGAUCAUGCUCUACAAGCGUAAACAUGUGGACAACAUACCCAAGACGCUGCGCACAAUGAAUGGUUGGAGUGCCAUGACAUGGACUAGGGAGAUUGGGUCUGACUGUUGGCUCAAGGGAGUCAUUGUUGAUGUUGAUGACAUUUUGGUCGAUGACUCCGCGUUUUCGGUCUUACUGUCUGGCCAAAGGAAUGAAUCCGCUGGGAGCUUGACAUUCAAGAACAUGUACUCGGCUUGCUCCAUCCUGAGUACAGAUGGUAAUGAUAUCCUUUACCUCAAGUUAUCCAGGAAAUGGAGUGAUCGAUCUGGAUGGGUGGUUGCUGUUGACCUUGAAGAGAAUACACUGAAAGUGGAAGCACCUGGGGCGCACCCAUUUGGAAGAUAUUCUCCUUUCGCGGCAAACAUUCCUUCCCUGCGCAUUGGUGAACCAUCUAAAAAUGACUCCUGGCAUUAA